AUGUUAGAUUAUGUACUAGUUAAUCGUAAAUUUCGAUCUAGUGUACAGGAUGUACGAGUUCAUAGAGGUGCUACUGGUGGUAUUGGAACAGAUCAUCAUUUAUUACGAGCUAAAAUUCGUUUACAUCUGAAAUCUCGUAAAAAAACAGAGAAAAAAUAUCGGAUAAGACUUGAUCAAUCAAAAUUGACAGAUAAUAAUUUACUCUCUGCUUUCCGAAUUGAAUUAGCGAAUGAAAGCAAAGCCAUUCGGGGCGAUAAUAAAACCUUAUCGGUGAAUGAAAAGUUCACAAAUUUUGUUAACAGUGUUCGAGAACGUGGUAGACACUACUUUGGAAACAAUAAAAGCAUUCAUAAAGGCGGAAAAGAAUGGUUCACACCCGAACUAAAAGAAAUUGUUGAUAAAAAAGCUAAAGCAUAUGUAGACUGGCAACUGCACCGUAAUACAACCAACGAGAAUAAAUAUAGAAACAGAUACCAAACGUUGGCAAAAAUCGUACAAAACAAAGUAUAUGCUAGGCAACAUGAAUAUUGGGAGGAGUUAAGCAUAGAAAUAGAAAAUGCAGUCAAAGUACACGAUCCAACAGCUGCUUUUCAAAUCAUUCGAAGGUUACGUGGAAAUGGACCAAGCAUAAAUCACAUACCAAUCCAGGAUAAGAACGGCUUAACGUUAACAAACAGUAAAGAUCAAUUGAAUCGAUGGAAAGAGUAUUUUGAUGAAAUGCUCAACGUUGAUACAACAGUAAGCGAACAAGUUUUACAACAAAUUCCAAGUCCUACAGUUGAUGAUGAAGAGCUUUCUCGACAGGACGCUGUACCAACUCUUGAUGAGGUUGUAAAGGCAAUUGGACAAAUAAAAGAUAAAAAAGGUCCAGGAAAAGACGAUGCACCAGCGGAACUCCUAAAAGCGGGCGGUCAAUGUGUCGCUGAAUGGUUACAUGAAAUUAUUCACAAUGUAUGGGAACAGGAGAUAAUGGUAAAGGAAUGGGCUGAAGCCAUUAUAAUACAACUAUACAAGAAUAAGGGUGAUAAACGGAUCUGUGACAACUAUCGAGGCAUAUCCCUACUAGAUAUUGCAGGAAAAAUCUUUACCCGAAUCAUACUAAACCUUAUUCAAGCUUCACUUGAUCGAAAGCUGAUGGAGGAGCAAGCAGGCUUUCGUUCUAGAAGAUCCACCAUGGAUCAAGUCUUCACACUAAAAAUGGUCAUGGAGAGAUCAAGAGAGUUUAAUCAACCUCUAGAUAUGUGCUUUAUUGAUCUAAAGAAAGCAUAUGAUUCUGUCAAUCGAAAAGCACUUUGGCGAGUGUGUCGAGCAUAUGGAUUAUCACAAAAGAUAGUUCGAAUGUUGCAACUGCUAUAUGAGGAUACAUCUGCUCAAGUUCGGAUCGAUGAUGACAUUAGUGAAAGCUUUAUAAUGAACACUGGUGUGAGACAAGGAUGUAUUCUCUCUCCAAUCUUGUUCAAUAUAUAUGUUGACUAUAUUAUGAAACAAGUAGUUCAACAAGCUAACGUUCAAGGUGUCACGUUAUCAUACCGUCUUGGUGAUUUCUGGCUUUCUGGUAGAGGACAUGAUAGUCAUAAUGUACAUCUAUUGACCUUAAUGUAUGCAGAUGAUAUUGUUGUCAUGUAUGAAAGUCCAAAAAAUCUAGAACAUUUUGUAAAAGUGUUCGAAACAAUAACUAAUGAUUUUUGCCUAAAGAUGAACAUUCAAAAAACAUGUACUAUGUCAUUAAAACAAUUCGAGAAAACAAUUGGAAAGAAUGAAACAAAAAACAAAAAGAAUGAUGCGCCACUAAAUCUUGUUAUUCGAGAUCAGAAUAUAG